AUGCCUCGCAGAUCUACACGCAAAGACCUUCUCAAUGCUGUUAACAAGGCUGCCCUUGCCCUAGCCAAAUUACAACUCCAGAAUGAACUCCUAGAUGAUUUAUCAGACUUUGACUCUGAUUCUGACUCUGACUCUGGCUCUGACACCAACUCUGACUCCGACUCCGACUCCGACUCCGACUCCGACUCCGACUCCGACUCCGACUCCGACUCCGACUCCGACUCCGACUCCGACACUAACUCACUUUCUACCAAUAUGUCUUUCAGCUCUCCGGCCCCACCAUCCUUAAUGUCUUCACUCUCUGGUCUUUCUGGCUCUUCCAAUUCUUCCAGAUGA